AUGCCGCCGACGCCCCCCGAAGAGGAGGCGGUGGACGAUGAGGAGCGCAUUGCCAAGCUGAAACUGAUUGCCCGCCUCCGCCAGGAGCUGCUCAAUGAGGACGCGAAGCUGGUACUGCUGAAGCGGAUGCGCCAGUCGCAGCUGCUCCAGCAACAGCAACAACAGCAGCAGCAGCAACAGUCAGCCAAGGAGGCGGCAGCGGCGGCCCACAACAACAUAUCAUCAUCAUCACAUCCGAGCAACAGUCUGCUCAGUCAGCCCGGCGACAAGUCCACCCCUUCAGCGGCCGCCACAGCCGCCGCUGUCGCUUCCUCUCUUCUUUCCUCUGCGCUGCCCUCCUCCCUGGCCGGUCUCAAUCUGAGCAACAACAAUCUGCGGGACCUGAACGCUCUGGCAAGUCACUACCAGCAAUCGCUGGCUGCCGCAUCGGGGGCGCUCAACUUUUCGAGAAAACACAGCAGUAGUGGUGGCCAGCUGGUGAACAACAACGCCGCCCACAGCAGCUCCCACGCGAGCAGUCUCUACGGGAAGUUGGGCGGCGCCAGCAGUGCUAGUCUGGCGAUGAACCUUGCCCAGCUGCAGGCACAAGCUCAGCAGCAGGCGCAGGGCCUGCAGCAGCAUCAUCACGCCCACCAGCAGCCAGCUCAGGCCCACCAGUCGAGGACCUCAAAGGCCUCUGUGCUGGGCUCGCCCUUUGGCUCGUCGUCCCCAAUGGGUCGCUCGCCCUACAAUCACCUCAAUGCCCACCUCUCGGCGCCGCCGCCCUCACUGCAUGGAGCGAAGCAGCCGUCAUCGCAGCAGCAGUCUCGCCUCUCAUCCUCAUCACCGUACGACAGUCCCAAUUUGAACACUGCUCACUCCUCGCAUCGUGGAUCAGCAUCACUCAGCAGUAGAAAUAGUGGAAAUUCAAACAGCCUGGCUGCCGCUUAUGCCGAUCUCUCGCGGCAGUCCACCGCUUCAAGCUCCAAAUUCGCUCAGCAUAUUUCCCAAAGUGCUUCUCCCUCAUCCUCCUCAGCCACAGCCGCCUCCACCUCACUUCAUCAGAUGAAUGAACGAGGAAGCGGAAGCAGUGUGAACAACAGCAGCCAGCAGAACCAUCAACAGGCUCUUCAGCAGCAGCAGCCUGACCCGAUGCUGGCCCAGCGACAGGCGGCCAGCGUGAAGCAGGUGCUGCGGAAGCAGCUGGAGAAGAUGACCCAGCCGAAGAUGCCCCCGCCGGAGAUGCACUUUGUGCCGAAUCCGAACAACGCCGAGUUCAUCUACUACAUUGGCCUGGAGAAGGUGGUCGAUUACCUGACGGGCAGCAACCAGCAGUUCAGUCCGCCGGAGCCCUUUGAGUGCGUCCAGUGCGGCACCGAUUUUACGCCCGUCUGGAAGUGGAAGGACCGCUCCGACCCCAGCAAGCCCUCGGUCAUCUGCGAGAGCUGCGUCUCCAAGAACAUGAAGAAGACGGUGGUGGAGGAGCACACCAAGCGCAUCAACACCUUCUCCAAGGCAUACGAGGAGCUGGAGAAGCAGCAGCUGGCCGCCAUGGCCGCCUCCUUUAUGCCGCAGUCGGCCAGCUCGGCCAGUUCUGCCCAUCAGCAGCAGCAGAUGAGCACUCCACCGGCGGCGCACAGCAGCUCGAGGCAAUCUUCGGCGGCAGCAGCCGCCGCCGCUGCUUCCAACUCCUUUGCCUCGAACCUGGCUGCGGCUUUUUCGGCGAGCAACAACAGCAACGCCCAGGCGGCUGCCAACGCCCAGUCGGCGGCGGCCACACUAGCCCUCCUUCAACAGCUGCCGAAGAUGAACUCGCAGGCGACACAGUCGCUGCUCUUUGCCCAGCAGCUGCAGGCGAUGCAGGCGCUGACUGGUGGUGGCGGAGGAAGUGGUGGUGGCAGUUCCGGUGGCAACUCCGGCGCUGCCAACAUCGCCUCCCUGCUCGCAGGCAGUGCCGGAAAUGCCGGCAACAUGGCCUCUCUUCUCGGCUUCAACAACCUCUUCUACUCAA